AUGGAAGAAGAGGCGCUUGACGUGGACGAGGACCGCGAGAGCAGCUUUCGAGAGCAGCUGGCCUCGCCCGGUCCCCAGCAUCCCGAGGGCCUCGCUGCGCGGCGAGCCGGAGAGUUCGAAGGAGAGGAUUGCGCAACCAUUGUGCAGCAGCCUGUUCUCCCAAGCGGCGGCAGCCUUCUUCGCGAAGACUUCGAAGGAGGCUCCAGCGGCUCACCCCAGAGGAUGACACCAGAGAUGCCGAGGAGAGAGAGCUUCCAGGGCUCGGGGCGCGUCAUCUCCUCUCCUGCGAGCCCAGCCGCUGUCAAAGCAAACGGCGGGCUGGUGGAGGCUGCCCUGAAGUUCCCCGGAGUCGCCGGUGGCGGCUCAGCGAAGGAGAUCGAGGAAGCGGAUCUCCUCUUUGUGCCGGACGACGAUCAGGAGUGGCAGCGACCUCGGCGCCCUCCUCCUGGCGACCACUUCGGGCCGUCGAAGCAACUGACCGGGCCCAUAUUGCCUGUGUCGCCCGCCAACGCAAAGCCGGAAGCGCAACAUGAGGAGGAGGAGUGGAUGGAACGGAAGAGGGUCACUGGAGUCAUUGGCCGACUGGUGCAGUACCAGAUGGGGGAGAUUCCCUCCAAGGAUGUUCUGGGCUUGCAUCGGACGUGUCAAGGGCGCCUGAUGGUGACGGCAGUUCGCGGGGACGGGCCAGCUGCCCGUGCUGGUGUUGUCGCCGGAGACCAGCUGAUUUCCAUCAACGGCGAGAAGAUCUGGGAGUACUAUCCUGCGAAGGCGGUGCUCAGCGGUGUUCGAGGGCCUGCCACCCUCAUCUUCCUUGGCUUCUCCGGGAAGCUCCAGGCCGAAGUGCGGGUGAAGCAGCCCGACGAACCGCGCUUGGGACUUCCUGCUCAGGUAAGUGUGUCUACCAAGGUGCUGCAGAAGUCUAAGCGCGAAGAAGAUCGAAGACGGCGCUGGGUCGAAGUCCAGAAGCCGGCGAACCCGCCGUCCCUGCGUUUGCUGGAUCCGGUCAUCCCCCAGUCUCAUGUCCAAGCCUUCGAGCUUUGA